AUUACAGAUAAGUACUUCAAGUGAAGAACAACAGGAAAAUGAAGGCAGGAAUGGUGGAGGAGUAUGUUUGGUGUUGAAGAGCAUGGAAACUAACAGAAUACCAAACAAUCGUGAAGCUAAGGAUCCUAGUUCUAGCUGUGUUGACAGUUUUAAGCUAUGUAUUUUAACAAGUUGCUUACUGCUGCUUUGUAAGUUGCACCCAGAAAAUGUAGCGAGGUGUACUACAUUCUGCAUUGCUCUGGCUUCCAGUGCUGAAUGGGCAUUACCACAAGCAGUGCUAAUGCUUGGCUUUGUCUUGGGCUGCGCAAGUUCUACUGAACCCCAAGUUCUACUGAAUGGGAUCAGAUCACCAAAUUCUGCUUGGACUUUUCAAAGUUUGUCCUACCUUAAGUAGACUACAUAAUUUAAGGAUUCCUUAUGCAUUCAGGUCAUGCAGAUUCCAUGUAUAAAGGAAAGGAGAGCUUCAACUGGGGUGCAAAGCUCUGACGUUGGAACCAAAGGAGCCAGUGUCUUCAUCCUCAAACCUGUGGGAAUAUAUCCUUAGAAGUUUUAAACGUUAUGUGACUGCCUGUAAUGCCUCCCAUGAAUCUCAGCAUAGGGGAGUUUAUCCCAAGAUGGAGCUGUGAAUGGAUGUUGAUUUAAAGGAGGAAUUCUGAAGAAAGACCUUUUCUCUGCAUUUCAGUUUGUGGAAUAGACCCCAAAACUCUUCUAUUCCUUGCUCCAGCUGUCAGGACCAUUCCCAUCCUGGAGCACUCUUCAUCCUGGAGAAAUCACUUUGUGGUUAUGAUUCAGCCAAUGCUGAGGAACGUACCUCUUGCCAAAAUUACUAAACCUGAAACUGGCUUGCUACUCAACAGAAAGAAGGAAAAACAGGCAGCUGAAGUAUGCUGGAAACAGUAUCCAUUUGGGAUUCCAGGAAGAAUCAAGUGAAGGAUAAAAAGUAGUCUGCAAACAAAUCAGGCAUAUUAAGGGUCAUGCAAUGCAUCAAACUAGAAAAAGGAUUCCCCAAAAACAAGCAAGUGGAAAACUUCCUGCAGGAAAUGGGAAGGAAGCACCUGAGCAUUUUGCAGACCUGAGAUUGCAUCCAAAUGCCUUUGCAAGGAUCCAGGCAAAAAGACUUUCCUUUAGUCCUUUCCAGUGAGACUUCAGAACUGUGACUAAACCAUGACGAGUUAGAAGCAUGUGUAAUAUAUGCAUGAAAUCUGCAGCACCCUUCCUUACAAUUAAUGCAGAUCAACAGACCCUGAUUGUUUUGGACUGCAGAGCAAGAAGCAAGUCCUACAGGCAAGUCCCCUGCCAGCAUUCUUCUCUGGAGAGCAUCAACAGGAAAAGAUCAAAGCGGGCGACGUUCGGAGCGCUGCAGACGGAGGAGUGGGGGCAGUUCCUGCACAUCUGCGAUGUGAUCAACGCCACGGAGGAGGGACCUAAAGAUGCAGUUAAAGCGUUAAAGAAAAAGCUCUCCAAAAACUGUAACCAUAAGGAGAUCAGGCUUACCCUGUCUCUGCUUGACAUGUGUGUGCAGAACUGUGGUCCUAGAUUGCAGUCUUUAGUUGUGAAGAAAGACUUUUGUAAGGACAAGCUGGUGAAACUACUGAAUCCAAGAUACAACCUGCCAAUUGACAUGCAGGAGAGGAUCUUGACCUUCAUCAUGACAUGGGCACGAGGGUUCCAAGGAAUGGUGGAUGUGACCGAAGUAAAAGAAGUUUAUCUAGAAUUGCUGAAGAAAGGAGUGGAGUUUCCAUCUGCUGACACCAGCACAGGGGGACCUAAGUCUUCAUCUCAGCAUCCUACAAAGUCAUCACCAUCUUCUGCUAAUCCCACCAAACGUUCCUUAUUGCCUCUUCCCACGGGCCCAACAUUACUGUUGACUGCUGAGCAGAUUGGGAAACUGUACAGUGAACUGGAUAUGGCAAAAAUGAAUGUGAGAGUCAUGUCAUCAAUAUUAAAAGAAAAUGUUCCUGGCUCUGAAAAUCCGGAUGAUAUGAAUCUUUUACAGAAACUGUAUAAGACCUGUCGGGUGAUGCAGGAGAGGAUCAUGGAAUUGUUGGUGACAGUGGAAAAUGAAGAUGUGAUAGUUGAGUUAAUACAAGUAAAUGAAGAUCUGAAUAAUGUUCUCCUGGGACACGAAAGGUUCUCUCGAAACAGAGUUCGUUUCUUGGAGAAUCAGAGAAUACAGCGUGAACGUGAAGAGCUGUACAGGAAACAGCCAUCUGCUCCCUCAAGUGAUCUACUUGACCUCUCUACAGAUUCUCCAUGUCCUGUGUCAACAGUGUUGGGAACUGAAUCUGCAGCGUCUCAGUUUUCAGGCCUUAAUUGCAUAUCUGCACACCCUGAAGAUGCAAGAAGGCACCAUCCAUCAAUUUAUCCACAGCUAGAUUCAGCAACUACUAUAAAAGCUCAGCAAUUCCCAUUUACAACGGAAGCACAAAACAAUAGUGGAAUCACCCCAGCUGGACAUACAUAUAGCAAUUUGGCAACUCUUUUAAGCCCAGUACCUCUGAAUCCAGUAAAUCUGCAGACUGGACAUACUACAUCAUUAAAUGGAUCGUCACCAGCAGCCACAUCAAAGAACAAGUCACAGUCACCUCAUUACUACGAGAUAAUGGAAUUUGAUCCUUUGGCUCCCACAGAAGCUAUUUAUGAAGAAAUUGAUGUCACUGUGCUGAAGCCAGAAGUUAAAAAGGAUACAGAAUGCUGAAGAGGGAGGUGAAGUCUUUUACUGAGCACCCAAGUUACUCUCUGAUGCUGGUCCUGGGCACUGCUUCCUAUCAUAAAAUUGUAUAAUAUCCUGAGUUGGAAGGGACCCACAAGGAACCUUUUUUUUGGAUUUUUACACACUAAACAAUAAGUAUUGGAACAGUAAGUUAUGUGGAAGAGUUACUUGGAUCCACACCUUGAGAAUUUGUCUUAAAUGUUUGUAUAUUCUUCAAGGUGACUUACAUUAUUUAUAUUUUUAUUUCUCUAAGUUUUGGAGUCUCUAAAAUCUGUUUUUCAAAGUCACCUGCAUAUGAAGUAACUAACACUUGAUAUCUGGUAAAAGUAAACUAAAAGGACUCUCACAGCUAUAGAAAAAAGCUUUUCUUCCGAGUUAACUGCUCCUUUGGACUGCUUAUCCCUCCAUAUGGAGGAAACAGAACGUCAUGUUUAAAGAAACUACGUAAUCCAAUUUCUAUUUUGGCCUCACUGAUGUCUGUGUUAAUCUCCGUAGAAAUUUAUAAGGGUUUUUUGAUAUGUAGGACUUUUCUAAAAUUGGGCCUCUUGAUAGGUAUCUCAAGUACAGUGGUUACUUUCUUAUAUUCAUAUUCUGAAUACAGAUUUUGUUUUCUUUGUAAAACUCUGAUAAAUAAUAGUGUGUGGGACGUAAGGUGCUGUCAUCCAUGAUUAACAGAACAGAAAAAAGCUGCUUGUUGCUAUGUUGUUGUUACUUUCAUUUACUUGGUAAAUAUUGGAAGGGGAUCAGUCAUUUCUUCCAACGUUCCUGCCCUGGAGAGAUUGUUUUCUGGUGAAGGAAAAAUAAUCAUCUACAAUGCAGAUGAGCAUUAGUUAUCCAUUUAUUUUAAUCAAAUUGUUUAAACCUGUUGAUAACAGUUUUAUCUUUUAAUAAAUGAAGUGCCUUGUCUAUUUUAAUGCUGAAUGUUAAAUCUGCACUUUUAACAAGUACAGUUCUCUUAACUUAUAAUUGAUACAAAUCUUGAGAACUUGGUUCAUGUUCACAGCUGAUAAGCUAACUGGCUGCUUUUAAGUACUGUGUUUUAAAUCUUCAUUGUUAAGUGGUAACAAGUUCUCAGUCUUGUGCAAUUUUCGUAGUGUACAAUUCCCAAUAAAAGCAAAUGCUUUCUGAGUACUUAACCCUCAAUACUUCCAAGUUUUUACCAGCUGACAUGCGUAUUCACAUGAUGACUGUUUUGGAAGUAUUUGAGAGUGAAGCCAUGGUGUUUCAAUUAUCCAGUUAGCAGUUUUGCAGCUAGCUGGACCAAUAGAACACUGUGAGGAAGUAAAGGGUUUUUUUGUAAGCAGAGGUGAAAAGGUAAGCCUCUUUACCAUUAUUCCUCUUUUAUUAUUUGCAAUGGCCUGGACAGCAGCCUGAGAAAACUGUAGAAAAUAGGAUUUGAGGUGGAUUCGUUUUUCUUCUACAUCUUAAUUAUGAUGUUAAAACCCUAGCAUGCCUAAGUGUAACAGGUUUAAAUAGGCUAUUUCAAUACGGUAAUCCCUAAUGAAAUGAUUGCUAACUGAACUUUUCCAUAUUUAAAGAUACAAAAUUACAGAUAUGAAGGCCGUGUGAGAAACUCACUAAUUACUGAAGUUAGAGAGCUUGUUUUGUUGUUGGAUUGUGCUCAAUAUCCAUGCAAACUUGGGCUUUCAAACUCAGGGGAAGACUCACAUUUUUAUGAAACUGGCUUCAUCUUUAUGAAACUUGUCAAGGGGCUAUUCUUUUUCUCCUAAAACACAUGGCCAGAAUAAAACAAUGUGUAGAAAACUUCCAGAAUCAGUUCACCUUUCAAAAAGACAAUGGAUUAAAGAGAAUCCAGGUAAGAUUUUUUUUUUUCUCUCCUAGAUUCCAAGAUUAGUUUUGAUAGCAUUUUUUUCUGAAGCACAACUGGAAUUUUAGAUUAUAAGGCUUGCUGAUAUAUUCACAGAGAUGCUUUUCACUUGUGUGGGAUCCACACUCUGCUGGAUAAAAUGCAUAAGAGAUAUGAAAGCAUUAAUGAAAAAGUUUUAAAACUUUAAUAAAUACACAGUGAAGAUAAGACUGUCAUCGAGAAUCUUUAAACACAAAAGAUAUUUGGUACAAAAAUGCAUUUUAAAUGUAGCUUCCAGUUAUUUUCAAAGAAGGGCACUGUUUUUUUAAUUAUUGUAUGCAAACAUAAUUGAGUCUGAAGUUACUUCCAUUACCUUUUUAGUCUUAACAACCAUUAGUCUUAACCUUAUUAGACCUCAUCCACUGAAAAGGGUAGAAAGAACUGGCCUAUUAGAUGAGAUGCUAUGUUGAGAUUAAUUCCUGUCUGAAAAUGGGUACGUCACUUAAACCUGCUCUGCAACUCACUCCUUAUUUGCAAGACUAUGAUAAAUUAUUAUUAUGCCUAUCCCAUAGAUAAUGGCAAGAAGUUACAUAAAUACUGGCUUACAUGUUCCAGUGGGAAACACUGAGUAGUACCUAGGUGGACCUCAGAUCAACUGGUAUGUUUCUGGACAGACUUUGUCAGACUCUGAAUGGGGUUGACAGUCUUUUGUUUUUUUCAGGAGACACCUCUGCUAUUAAUUUAGCCUGCAAUUCAGAGCAGUUGAUUAUGUACCGCCUUUCCCUUCAAAGCAUUUCAUAUGUAAGUCUAGCUUCUCUCUGUGUAGGUGUGCCCAGUAUACAGCCCUCUCAGGAGUGAAAGAGGAAUUAUUAACAGUUCUGAUACUCUAAAUGAGUUUUCUGCAUAGAAACCAUGCAGGAAAUAUGCAAAGACAAAAAUAAGAUUAUUUGCCUCUCAAAUCACAUGCUUCUGCAAGCAGUCCCCAGAUUUGAAAUGUUUACAUUUAAGUUACUGUUCCCCAUUCGGACAUCAACAGUUUUAGAGCAGUCUGCUCUUACCAAAUGAACUACUGAUUCAGUAAUAAUUCAAGAGAGCAUCAUCUUCUGAAUCAUCCUAUCCUCCUAUGCUAUGGGAGGGUUACAAAGCAAUACAGUCGAACUUUGUUUAGUUUUGAGAUUUCGUGAACUGAUUAAGUUGCUCUAUAAAAAAGUAAAUAUCUUUCACUGAAUACAGGCUAGCUAUUUUUCAGUCAGCAAUGCAAUUUUAGAUAUUUAAUAAACUGAUUUGUUCCUCUGUAUUUAAAGAUCUUAGUUUACACUUUGGUUUAAAAAUUUUCCUCAUAUAAUUCAUUUAACAUCUAUCAUC